AUGCCAACCUCCGACAGCCAACGCGAAAGGGCCAGCGGCCGAGAUCGGGACAGGAGACAUGGACAGGAAGCAGACAGAAGGCGCUCGGGAGACACUGAACGAUACAGUGGAGAAGAGAGAGCUGAAGAAGAGAGAGCUGGAGAAGAGAGAGAUGGAGACCGAGUCUCACGGGGGCAUCAUCGGGCCAGGAAGCCUUCCAUCUCGGGUGACUCCGACGGUGAAAAGAAAAAACUGACGCGCCAGAGAAGACAUGCAGACACCUCCGGCUCGGAUGAGGAAGACGGCUGUAGGCAUGGCGAGAAUAAGAGAGGAGGGAAAGAGACUGACGACGAGGACAAGAGACGAAACGACGGGGCAGGAAAAAAGAGAGAGGAAGAAGCGAAACCGGUACGCGCUGGAGGAGGAGAAGGCGCGCCUUCUUCCGCGCACCCCGAAGAUGACGAGAGUAGCGAUGACGACAGCUUCGGUCCAGCGCCAGCAGCCAAAGGCCCCGCAGGAGGCGCGCACGGCCUCGUUAAGCGUCGCCGCCUCGUCCCUCACGAGGAACUUUACCUGAAAAACCUUCCCCACGGAGAAAGAUAUUUCAGAUCUUUCAUGCACAGAGACGAAGUUUCGCACGUUGUGGUCAGUCCCCUCCAUCGCUUCAUCAUCACCGGAAGCAUCGACGGGCAUGUCAAGUUCUGGAUUCGCGAGGGCGAAGACAUCGAGUUCGUAAAACAUUUUCGAGCACACGUUGGCGCGCUGCACUGUCUCUGCGUCUCCGCGGCCGACGGCGGCGCCGUCGUCGGCUCCGUGGGCAGCGACCAGACCUUCCGUCUCUUCGAGGUGGUUACCUUCGACAUGCUCUGUCUCCUCAAGCUCGCCUUCAUGCCGUUAGCCUGCGAAUUCGUCCACGGGAAAGAGGAGCCUUCUCCCGUCGUUGCAAUAUCGGCGAAAGAGACGCCGGAGAUCUUCCUGUAUAAGCCGACACUAGGCACAGAGUCGGUGGCGAGUUUCUCUCUCCACAUGGCCCCCGUUCACCUUCUCCGAUUCAACCCAGUGCUGGAUGUUUGCGUGUCGUCGGACAAGGACGGCGGCCUCGAAGUCUGGUGUACAGACAGCUGCCAACGCGCGACGAGGGAGAACCGCCAGGGGAAGAUUCGCUACUUCCUCAAGAGUGAAACAGAUCAGUUUGAACUCGCCAAGCUCAGAACCUACGCGUUAGCCCUCGCGGUGACCCCCGACGGCCAUCUCCUGGCCGUCUUGUCUGCUGACUCGACCCUGCGCAUCUUCCGCUUCGCCACCGGAAAGAUUUCGAAAGUUUACCUGGAAACAAUUGACAUGUACCAAACCGCGCAAAAUGACCCACAGAGACGAGCUCUGCACGUCGACGCACUCGACUUUGAGCAUCGCCUGGCUGCUGAGAAGGAACUGUCCAAGUCUCGCGCGCGAGAGUGGCAAACGAUGGGCUUCGACGAAAGCUCCAACUUCCUCGUUUACCCGUGCAUGCUCGGCAUCAAGGUUGUCAAUAUCAAAGACAACAAACUGUGUCGCUUGAUCGGGAAGCCCGAACACAGUCUGCGGUUCCUUGCCAUCGGCGUCUACCAGGCGAAGGCACAAAAGCGGAAGCCCACGACGACGGUGAUUCUGGGGAAGAACGCGAAAGGACAGGACGCCAAGGACGAGAACCGCAUGGACUCCGUCAUCGUCGCCUCGGCCUUCAAAAAGAACAGAGUCUACUUCUUCACGGCAGACACGCAGAAGGAAGGCAUCGUCGACUUGAGAGACGUUUUCAAUGAAAAGCCUUCGAAGGAAGAGCAGGAAGCUUUGGCGCCGAGUGCGUCGUCGGCCAUUGCGCCGUCGCUACGGUCGGGUCGGACGGCAACCAUUUUCACGACGAUGGGCGACAUCUUCAUUCGGCUCUUCCCUCAAGAGUGUCCCAAGACAGUCGAGAACUUUUGCACGCAUGCGCGAAACGGGUACUACGACCACUGCAUCUUUCAUCGUGUCAUCAAAGGCUUCAUGAUUCAGACCGGCGAUCCCAACGGAGACGGUACAGGAGGCGAGUCCAUCUGGGGCGGCGACUUCGAGGACGAAUUCCACCGCUCUCUGAAGCACGACCGACCCUUCACAGUCUCGAUGGCGAACGCAGGCCCCAACACGAACGGCUCUCAGUUUUUCAUUACGACGGUGCCGUGCAGCUGGCUAGACAACAAACACACGGUUUUCGGCCGCGUCGUUCAGGGCAUGGAUGUGGUAACCAAAAUCGAGAAUGUGGCGACCAAUAUUGAGGAUAAGCCGAAGCAAGACGUGAAACUUUUGACCAUCAAAGUGACGUCGUAA